GAAUCCCUGCUUCACAGUUUUCUGACUAGCAGACGUGCAAGUCAGCAGGAAACAAAAGUAGCAUUUUCCAUUUCAUGAAAGCUUUAACUGAGUUACCUCCCAUAAAUAAACACAUUUAUCUCAUCUUUUUGCACCCUCUUUUUGCUGUUUUCGGCCUUUUUGAUUACAUGAUUUUGCAUUUGUAUUUUUUUGCAGACGCAUACAGUGGUGCCGGCUUUAUUUUUUAGCAGGGAUCUCGGAUUCACUCCAUAUUAACGACACGUUUAUGAACAAUCAAAUGGUCCUCGUUAAAAUUUAUUGAUGGGCAUAAAAACCUCAAACGGUCACUGGCCGAAUAUAGUUGGCUUUUUUAGUGGGCUGUGAGUCUGUCAGCUUUCGGAAUCCCCUCCUCGGCUGUAUCUCCACAAACCCCAUUUAGGGAAUGUUUGGUCUGCAGGCUCUCGUAAAAAGCCGUGCAAACUGCAUCCCGUAUUUUGAUUCUCCCUGGUUUCCGCCGUCCACUUCUCCCUGCUGCAGCUGCUGCCAUGAAGGCAUAUCUCUUUAUACAUCCCUGAAAAACAAUAAACAGUAUUCUACGAGUAGUUAUAAACGCUUCACUUUAUCAAAUGCUGGUUUGCAGAAGAUAAAACGAGCCAACGAUUCAAUAAACGCUUUAAUGCAGUAUCUGUUGAAGUAGCAUGGAGCCCUGACAGAGAUUAAUUACACCAUCAAAUAGUUCCCUGCUUUAACACGCAAUGUGCGCAAGUCUGUGCUGCGACUGGAUAAAGAUUAAGCAGCAGCAGCACUGCGCAUGAAUGUUUUCCUCAUGAACAAAAAAGAAAAAUUAUGUUUAAUGUUACCUCUAUAAGUCAAGGAAGGGAGGAAAGAGCACUUUAUUUAAUCCCAUUUAUGUACAUUGGUAUCCCUGGAUCACUCGCGCAUUGAUCCAUUGCACAAUUUUUGUGGGGGUAAAUAUAAUCACGUGUCGGCGGGUCAGCCAAUAGGAGCCAGGGAAGCUUUGAGAAAUAAUUACCUGCCUUGAUUGUUCUAUGGCUAGAUAAAAAAGUACACAUACACUCCAUAUAAUAAACGGAUGCAUGUAAAAGAGUCAGGGAGGCUUCGACAUGUCGACUACGGGUCCCAUAAGUAGUUAUUAUGUGGACUCCUUGAUCAACCAUGAGAGCGAGGAUGUUCUUGCUGCGACUCGGUUCUCGGCUCCCGGUUCGCACCCAGCUGGCCCCCGUCCGACGUCCCUAGUCCCGGAGUGCGCCGACUAUCCUUCCUGUAGUUUUGCACCCAAGCCGACUGUCUUCUCCACGUCUUGGGCCCCCGGACACUCCCAGUCAUCAGUGGUCUACCAUCCGUACAGCCACCAGCCCCACUUAGGAACUGACUCGAGGUAUAUGCGCUCAUGGCUGGAGCCGAUCUCUGGCGCCGUGCCUUUCCAUAGCUACCCGGGGAACGGCAGGCAUUACGGGCUGAAGCCCGACGCCUUCCAGGAGCACAGAGCCGGGGAGUGCCUCAGCUCCGGCGGACGGACCUACACGGAUUAUCUGUACUGCUCAUCCACAGACAUGCGGGAAAAGACGCCGCAGAACGUCCCCUCUCCAGAGUCCGAGCUUCUGGCGUCUGGGAAGCAUAAGGAGGAGAAGCCGGAGCUUGAUCCUAAUAACCCAGUGGCCAAUUGGAUACAUGCCCGCUCUACAAGGAAGAAACGGUGUCCUUACACAAAGUACCAGACUCUGGAACUGGAAAAGGAGUUCUUGUUCAAUAUGUACCUCACCAGAGACCGCAGAUACGAGGUCGCAAGGGUACUGAAUCUGACCGAGAGGCAGGUCAAAAUCUGGUUUCAGAACCGGCGAAUGAAGAUGAAGAAAAUGAACAAGGACAAGAGCGACAGCAAGGAACAAUAAUAAGGACUGCAGUGGGGAAAAAUAAUAAAUUAAUGGAUAAAAUACAAAUAAAAUAAAAUAAAAACAUGGACAGCAUAGAUUUACCAAAACAUGAAGCCUUCCUCACGUCCUUCAUCAUAUCUGUCACUUUGUUGGAUUUUCAUUUUUGUAGUACCAUUAACCUGACUGGUUAAUAUUUAGUGCACAAUUAAACGUUUGAGGAAAAAGAUGGGACAAAAAAAAUAGAGAAAGACUUUUGUGACGAGAACAUUCUGCUUUCACGUUUAUAUUUCUUUGUAAGUAAAAUAUAAAUGAGCAACGUUUGGAUGCGACAAAAACUGUCCGAAGAAAUAAAAUACUUGAAUUAUUUUUGAAUUUCACCAGAAACACUAUAAUUUAUGAUCUGAAUGUUUUUCUUUUUUCCUCCAUGUUUAUUUCAUUUGUAUACGCUCUGGCGCAGGUGUAGAGUAUUUUGUACAGAAUCAGAAGCAUUUGCCAGCGCCUCGUCUGUGUUGUAUUUUGUGAUAGUUGUUGCUGUUUAUGUGCAUCAAGCUUUUUCUUUCUGUCUUUUAAUGUUUUGGCCGUUUAGCUGGCGAGUUUUAAUUAUAGAGUGUAGCUAUAUAGAGCUCUGCAAAUAUAAUCAUAAUCACAUAA